AUGGCAACAACCGAGUCUAUAUAUACAAGGAGAGAUCAGAACCAACUAGGUGAUACAAGUACCAACAAUAGAUCAUCGCCAACUCCAUCUUCUGCCUCUUCCUCAACAACAACAUCAUCAACAACACCACCAUCACAUUCAAUGGCAUUAGGUGAUACAUUCAACCUCCCCACUGCACCACCAACUUCAAGCUCCUCCAAUGACUCAGCAACUCCUCGUGACCGUCGUCGAUCUUUUACUUAUGAGUCUACUUCACCCAAUGGUAGUUCUGAAGCUUCACCUUCUUCACCAACACCACUAUCCAUGAGCUUUAUACAUAAGCCUUCGAGAUCACAGAGCUUUUUUACACAAUCUAAUGAUAGAACCAGAGAAAACAGCAUAUUCAACAAGACUUUGUCAUACUCACCCGAACAACGGCGACAACUACAACUGCAACAACUGCAACAACUGCCAACGCCACAAUCACAAUUACAAUCGCAAGAACUUGUUGACGCAACCACCCAUACUACACUGACAUCUUCUUCAUCUUCUUCAUCUCCUUCUACGUCCCAGCUGGAUAAAUCACCCACUGCUAGCCCUUCACCAACACCAAUACAUCAGCAGCAACAACCACACUCACAACCACAUUCACCACAACCAAUACAAUCAACGCUAGACACAAAUAAUGAUCAUUUUGCACCACCAGACUAUUUUAACCAUAAAUCAGCACUCAAAUCAGUAACAAGAUCAAAAUCAUUACCAUCAACACCAACUUUUAAAGUUCAUUUUGGAAAUUCCGAUAUAAGAUAUUUUAAAAAGAAGGAUACCCCUAAAACUAUAUCAGCCAGCAACUCGCCCAAUUUUGGUGCACAUGUAGAUUCGUCCGAUGAUUACGAUGACGACGAUGAUGACGACGAUGAUGACAACGAUGAUGAUGAUGAUGGUUAUUAUGGCACGGGCACAUUUGGCAGCAACUACAACUACGGGUACACAUACAGUGACGAAGACGAUGUUGACGACGAUGUGAAAAGAAUCAGUUCAAGAGGUGGUGGUGUUCGCAAAUCACGCAAUAAAUAUAAUCAUGAUGAUUUGCAUAAUUUCAGUUUGGGAGAUACAAAGUAUCCCAUUACAUCAGCAACAACUUCAACUUCAGAGAUCAAAUGGGAUUUGCAAUUGUUAAAUUUUGCACCAUUGUCGUAUUUGAAACGAAUUGAAACAGGAACACCAGUAUUUCUCGAACGAUUAUUCAUUUCGGCUGAUAAGAAAUACUUGUUUGGUCACAUUGCGGUCAAAAAUCUUGCUUUUGAGAAGUACUUGACUGUACGAUACUCUGUUGACAAUUGGAUGACAAUUAUUGAGAUCCCCACGACAUAUACUGAAGAAAAAGCUGAUGUGUUGGCGAAAAACAAUUAUGAUCGAUUCACGUUUAAGAUUCCGCUUGAAAAUUUAUUCAACACAUUUAAAAUGUCGAAAAACUCGUCCACUGAUUCAUUGAGUGAGGAUGGUGGUAGUGGCAGUAGCUCCUCCUCUACCAGUGGUGACGUGUUUCGAGGAUCUAGCUACGGUGAUUAUCAAAAGGAAAGAAGGUACCAAUUUUGCAUCAAGUAUUGUACACAAGGGCAUGAGUAUUGGGAUAAUAAUAGAUUUCAAAAUUAUUUGGUCAAAUUGGUUAAAUCGAGAAUUUGUCAUCAUCCACCACCACAACGAAAGCAUCAUUUUUAUAAUUUGGAGAAUAAGGAUUCAAAGUUGCAAGAUCACACGAUGAAGCCGCGGUAUUCCAGCAGUUAUCUUAAACGAGUUGGAUCUGAUUCGGGGAUUAGCUACAAUAGUCCCGGUGUCACUGGUGGUGCUGCUGACGAUGAAGCUAACGAUAGUGAUGCCAUUGUUACUCUGGAUGUAGAUACUAGUGGUGGUGGUGUAACCAGUCUUCGAGAGAAUAUCGAAGAGUUGUUGAAGAAUACCGGAGACGCACAAAUAAAACUGCAACGUACCAUCAACAAUAGCAAAACUGGAAAACCAACGAAGCUCACCAGUGGCAACAACAACAACAACAACAACAACAGCAGCAGCAGCAGCAAAAUCAACGCUGGUGCAUCCAACAACCGCGGCCAAAACCACCAACUCGAUCAAGAUCUCGAUUCGCUUGAAGAUAGAGACCCUGCAACAACAACAACUGAACCCAAAUACAAGUCAAAAUUCAAGACUACCACUGGUACGAAUAAUAAUAAGAAUACUGGCCAAUUCAAUUUGAAUUUGAAUUUGAGUUCAAAAGCAAGUGCCUCGAUAAAGGGCAAUUUAUCUACUGGUCGAUCAACUGCGUUUAACAGUGAUUUGAAAAGCAAGUCGUAUAAGGAGAUUCUUGAUUCCUAUUGUUUUUUUAAAUCGGAUUCUGCUAGUGUAAGUGGUGGGGGAGGUGGUGGAAACGGAAAUGGCAAUGGCUCUAAUGGCAAUGGCUCUAAUGGCAAUGGCUCUAAUGGCAAUGGAAACGGAAACGGAAACGGAAAUGGAAACGGAAAUGGGAGCAAAGUUUAA